AAUGCAAAACAACGUUGCUCUCACAACGUCCUCAGUGACUAACGGAGACGACUAACUUCAACUGCAUCGAGCCAGGCAUUUAACGUGGUCUUUUGGCUUGAUUGACAGCUCCCACGGCCCCCAAUGUCCAACCCCUUGAAGCAGGUCUUCUCCAAGGACCGGACCUUCCGUCCCAAGAAGAAAUUCGAACCCGGGACACUACGUUUUGAGCUGCACAAGAAGGCGGAGGCCUCGCUCAACGCCGGGCUGGACCUGAAGCAGGCGGUGCAGCUGCCGCCGGGCGAGGAGCUGAACGACUGGGUGGCCGUCCACGUGGUGGACUUCUUCAACCGGGUCAACCUGGUCUACGGGACGGUCAGCGACCACUGCACCGAGCGCUCCUGCCCCACCAUGUCCGGCGGGCCCAAGUACGAGUACCGGUGGCAGGACGAGAAGCACCGCAAGCCCACCUCCCUCCCGGCCCCCAAGUACGUGGGCCUCCUGAUGGACUGGGUGGAGGUCCAGAUCAACAACGAGGAGCUCUUCCCCACCAACGUUGGGACGCCGUUCCCCAAGAGCUUCCUCCCGGCGGCGAAGAAGAUCCUCUCCCGCCUCUUCCGCGUCUUCGUCCACGUCUACAUCCACCACUUCGAGCAAAUCGCCCAGAUGGGCUCCGAGGCCCACGUCAACACCUGCUACAAGCACUUCUUCCAUUUCGUCAAGGAGUUCGGCCUCGUCGACAACAAAGAGCUGGAGCCGUUGGUGAGUCUCCAGGACAGUUGGGGACAUGUCUUUUUCUCGGCAUUUCCCUUAUUCUCUUACUUGCCUGUCCUCUCUUUCCAACAGAAGGAAAUGACCUCACGGAUGUGCCAGUGACCUCAGAGGCGACUUCCUGCCAUAUUAUGAGCUGGACCUAGGAGUGGGGUGUCCGUCUCUUUCUCUCUCUCUUUUGUCAAUCCUAUAGUAAAAUAAUAAUAAUAAAGAUAUAUAUUUAUUUCUG